AUGGCGAUCACUCCAGACGAGCUUCCGGGGCUUGUGUCCCAAUUGUCCGCUCUGGUCAACUCCCCUCGCCAAGGCGGGCCGACGCUAGAAAUGGAGCGUAUCGCGGAGAAAAUCCUAUAUGCUACUAGGCCUUUACCAUCCGAUCCCAUGCACCGAAUGUUUCCAUACGUGGAUCUUGUGCUUAUUCGGCUUUUCAUUGACUGGAAGGUCUUUGAGACGAUCCCUCUUGACGGAGCCAUAUCUUACGCCCAGCUGGCCAAGGCAGUGGACGCAGAUGAGUCAAUUCUCAGGCGAUAUGCAUCGUUUCUCGUCUCCCGUCACAUCCUCGUCCAAGAAGAUGGGGAUCGGAUAGCGCAUACAGACGUUUCGAAGCUGUAUCUUCCUGGCCGACAAGAAUUCAACCUGUUCACGUUCUACUACGAUGAGAUGUUUCUAAGUUGUGUGAAGAAACCGGAGUACUAUGCUCAUUACGGUCGCCAGAAGACUCUCUGGGAAAUCGCUCACAGUAGACCCGAGCGGCUCAAGCGUGUCAUGGAGGCCAUGGACACUGUCCAACAUGGCCCUAUGAUUGCGAGGACGUACGACUUCAGCUGGCUGCGAGAGAAGCUCACAGAUCCGCAGCACCAGGACAGAAUUGCCUUCGUCGACGUCGGUGGCGGCAAGGGACACAUGAUCAAGGAUGUCAUGAGAGGCAAUCCCUUCAUGCCUGCCAACCGCAUGGCCCUGGAGGAUAGAGACGAGGUGAUGAAGGAGGUUGCGAUCAACCGAGAACCCGAGCUUGAGGGCGUGAAACUGCAAAGCCAUGACUUUCACAAGGAGCAACCCAUCAAAAAUGCGUUCAUCUACUUUAUCUGCCGUUGUCUCCACAACUACAGCGACGAGGUGUCUGGCAAGAUGCUGACUCAUAUCAGCAACGCCAUGGCCCCGGACAGCAGAGUUGUUAUUGCUGAGAUGGUGAUGGAAGAUCCUCCGGAGCCAUUGCAGGCUAUGUAUGACUUCACCAUGAUUGACAUCGGCGGCAAGGAAAGGACGGCGAAGGGAUGGAGUGAUCUUGCGGCGAGCGCUGGUCUUAAAGUGUCUAAGAUUUUUGGGUCGAGCAACGAGAUGAAGAUUGUUGAGUGCGUCAAGAUUUGA